ACGAAUAAAUGUCGAAAAAAUUAUUUAUUGUUGUGCGUAGUUUGAAGAGAAACAUUUUUUAAUCUUUAUCCCGUAUAUAAAUAUUUUUAUAAUCAGCAAGAGGGUGGGGGGGUUAAUGGGGGGUCAAGGUGUUUUUUGGCACCUUUUGUGACCCCCCAAGUAAAAUCCACCAGAAAGGAUUGGUUUAGGUCAAAAUGAGCAUUCUGUGGUGACUAAAUCACCAAUGAAGAGAUAUUUUCUGUCUUUGGUGGUUUGGACUGAGAGUAAUGGACUGGGUUUCCAUCUGAUGGCAGUAUUUACACUCACUGAUUCACUCAUAACUGAGCACAGCAGAUCAACUUAACUGGAUUACAGUGUUCCGUUCACUGAAAGCUUUGUGAAUGUGGCUCCAUACCUGUGUCCUUAAUAAAGAUUAAUGACACUAAUAACAGAGACGUUGAGAAGCUUCUGAAAUGUGCAGUGUUGCUCAUUUCACACUGCUUUUAUUUUCUUUGGUUUGUUCUUGUAAUGAAUAUACUGGACAUCUCAGUGAGAGAUAUUAAUAUUUAUUAAGGGAACUUAAUGCAGUUUAUGAAUGAAAACAUCCAUCUAAUUGAAUAAUAGCGGUAUCAAAUGAACCUGAUCUGGGUUAGAUUAAACUCUCAUCAUCAUUCUGCUGAAGUUCUGAAUAAACAUUUGCAGACAUUUGCUAAUGGGUUUUCACUGGCUUCUUGAAAUAAAUCACAGCUGUUCAGUUUCCUGUCCUGUGUAUCUCAGGGCUUCUUAAUCCCGCCCACAUCCUGCUGAGUAGCCAAUCACAGCUCAGCAUGAGAAACGAGAUCAGGAAGUGCUCUCUGUUUUCUGGGAAGCUAAUUUUAACCGGAUUAAACCUGCUCACAGGAGCUGAAAUAGUUUUUAAACUAACUUCUACUGCUGAUAAAGACUUUGGGAAAUCUGUAUCAGUGAACUAUAUUGAUCAUCUUUAGGGGAAAUAUUUAUCUGACUUAAUAUAUAUGCAAAUUAUUAUCUUUAGGAUAAAUAUUUAUUAGUGAAUUUUUGUUGUUGUUGUUGUUGAUUUAAUGGUUUUAUUGUAAAUGUUUUUUUUUGUAUUUAAUAUUUUUAAGUCUGUAUUUCUUUUGACUUUGAAAAACAACAUGCACGACAGAAAAUAAUGCAAAUAUAAUAAUUAUUAUUAUUUGUUUUGAAGUAUUGAAACUGUGUGUAGAGUCUGAUUUCAUAAUCAACUUAUAGACUUUACCAAACAAUGCACAAUGCAGUCAAAUUUUAUUAAUUUAAUUAAGAAUAACAAUAUUAUUUUUAAUAAUUAUAUUCAAUUAUAAUAUGAUUAUGUAGAUCAUGUUUUAAUUGUUUAGAUUUUAUGGUUUUUAAAACUUUUUCAUCUUUGAAAAACACUGUGGAGCAUCACAGAAAAUAUAUUGCAUGAAUUACAUUACACUUAUUUUAAUUAUGUUAUAUAGGAUUAUAUGUUUAUAAAACAAUUGUUUUCCAAAAUAUUUGAAGUAGGUCUAUUGAAUCGGAAUCAGAAAAGAAGAUAAAUUAAUUGAAUUUAAAUAAUGUUUUUAAAAAUGUUAAGUGGUUGUAAUAAUUGGUAUAAUUAAGAAUAAAAGGAUUUAAUCUAUUCCUCAAAAAGAAGAGUUUCUGUUAUAUAACGAUUAUUAUUGAGCUCCUGUGUAAUAGCAGAUGGUGAUGUGUGUGUCUGUAUUGUGAGGAUAUACUGUGAAGGCACACACCACAGCAGCUGUGAAGUGAUCUGGUGAUGUAACACAGCAUGUGCUGAGACUCAUGUGUCUUCAUGUGCUUCACUAACACUCUCUGUGUCCACUUCUGACACUUUAUUAUCAACAGAUAUGAGCUAACAGAGGAUAAACACACUCAGCAUGAACUCAUGCAUGAUGCAAAACUAUAUUAGAUUAUAAAAACAAUCACUGAAAAGAUUCAGUGCUCACCUGGUCACACAGCUCUUGUGCUUUGUUUGUAAUCCGGCGGGUGACGUCACGCGCCUCGGCCCCGCCCCGCCCCCGGAGCGCGAGAGCAUGCAGGUAGACAGACGCUCGACAGGUGCGACUCACAGCUCCUGAGCGCUUCAGGAAUCAGAUUGUGACGAUGGGUCGGAAGGAGAUCGACUGCAGCUGGAAGAAAAUCACCAGCAACAUCAAGGACAUAUUCGACUUCAAGGAAGUUCUGGGCUCGGGCUCGUUUUCUGAAGUCUACCUGGUGAGAGAGAGAAAGACCGGGGAUUUCUAUGCCCUGAAGUGCGUGAAGAAAAAACAGCUGCACCACUCGAACCUCGAGAACGAGAUCAAAGUGCUGAAGAGGAUAAAGCAUGAUAAUGUGGUGGGACUGGAAGAUUUCUACGAAACGAGGACGCACUAUUACCUGGUCAUGGAGCUGGUGUCGGGCGGAGAGCUCUUCGACCGUAUUCUGGAUCGAGGUGUUUACACAGAAAAAGACGCCAGCCGUGUGAUCAAACAGGUCCUGGAGGCCGUUUCCUACCUGCAUCAGAACAGCAUCGUCCACAGAGACCUGAAGCCUGAGAACCUGCUGUACUACAGUCCAGAUGAGAACGCCAAGAUCAUGAUUACUGACUUUGGCCUGUCCAAGAUGGCCGAUCACGGCGUGAUGUCCACAGCCUGUGGAACACCAGGAUAUGUUGCUCCAGAGGUUCUGGCUCAGAAACCGUACAGUAAAGCUGUGGACUGCUGGUCUAUCGGUGUCAUAACCUACAUCUUGUUGAGCGGCUACCCACCGUUUUAUGAGGAGAACGAAACACGCCUGUUCUCCAAAAUCAUGAAGGCUGAAUACGCCUUCCACUCUCCGUACUGGGACGACAUUUCUGAGUCAGCGAAGGACUUCGUCAGGCACAUGCUGGAGAAAAACCCUAAUAAACGCUUCACCACUGAACAAGCGCUCAGUCAUGCAUGGAUCAUUGGAGACACGGCGCACAAUAACAACAUCAUUCAGUCUGUCGGUGAACAGAUUCAGAAAACCUUUGCCAAAUCCAAGUGGAAGCGAGUCAUUAAUGCGACGGUGGUGGUCAGUCACAUGCGGCGUCUGCAGCUGGCCCACGCUGACCCUCCGGCCCCCGCUCCACUGAUCCAGGUGCUGGACGUCUCGUCCCCUGGCCCGCCCUCGGAUGAGCUGGACACCAAUGGGAACCCCUCGUGCAGUCACAUGACCCUGUCACCUCAAGCUGAUGUCAGCAGGGGCCGGGGCCCGCUCAAGGCCUGUAACAGUGAGCCGAUGCACGCACUGGUCAUCUGUGAGACGGGGCAACACGUGUACUGCUCCGAGUCCGAACUGCCCAGCGCCGCCAACAGAUCAGACAGAGUGACGUGUUGCACAGAUGAGCGGGGCCAGUCACUGCAGACUGGGGUUUGCUCUGUGAUGUGAUGGGCUGAUUGACAGCUGUCAGUCAAAUGAAAUCCUGCGCUCGUAGGAUGAUCAAGUGUGUGUUCUUCAUGGACGUUUCGGGACGUCGGAUCCACACGAGUGCCAAUCGCACACAUGUCUGCGUCUCAGAUCUUCAUCUCUCACUAGUGAAAGUGUUACUUCUGUCAUUUCAAGCAGAUUGAGAGUGUCAUUUAUCUCAGGAAUUCAGGACAAGGCAGGUUUAUUGUAUUAUUUUCUGUAUAUACAGUACAUGUACGAUAGUUGCAUUUGGGCCGAUGCCAAUGCAUCAUGGGAAGGGCAGAUCACGUGUGCCACUGUUUUACUGCGAGCGACGGCGGGUUUGAGUGUUUUUAAUUUCAAUCUUAUUUUCUUAUUUCAAACUCAUGCUCACUGUUGUAUUCAUAAUAUUUAUGUCUUAUAAAUGCAUAUAAGAUGAUUUAAUGCGUUAUUUAGGGGCUUAUUAAGUCGGUAUCAGCACAGAGCCCUGCUGUACCCCAUAAACACGCUGCUGUAUGUCUGUAUUAAAAUACAUAAAAUAAAGCUAUUUACACACC